AUGCGCGUCCUUCCUGUUCAGUUUGAAACUAUGGCGGCGACGCAAUGUUUAUCAAUAACAGAGCAGUGGAUACGGCAGAGGUUAAACCUUCAGCACCAGUGUUUAGCCAGUGUGCGGUCAGUGCGCCUAGCAGGAACAUAUGAAACAGGAAAAAUAGGCCAUUUGGGAAUUUCUCUGAAGAACUUUGUUUGUUUGAAAAGUCUGGACCUUUCUCAUAACGCCCUCGUUACUGUAGAGGGAAUUCUGCAUUUAACGUUGCUUGAGAACUUGAAUCUGUAUUACAACAGGAUCUCCUCUCUUCAGGACGUCCAGUCUUUAGGCAGCCUUCAAAAUCUAAAGGAGUUGGAUCUGAGACUGAACCCUGUUGUUCAGAAAGAUCCCUAUUACCGCCUAUACUUAGUCCAGGCAAUCUCCAAGCUUCGUAAACUCGACGACUCUGUUGUGAGAGACAGAGAGAGAAAAGCAGCUCUCAUGCACUUCUCUGCAGAGUCGGGAUUCGAGUCCAGUCAGAAAUCUCCACUUUCUACAAUGGAUAUAAAGAACAGGAGCAGCAAUUCUCGGAUUGCUUCAGCGAACAAGAUGAUGUCAAAGCUCAUGCUUCGAGAAGGUAAUGAGGAAACGGUGCUGGAUCCCAACUUUGAUGGGAACAGGAACAUAUUGACUCAAGAUGCUCCCACUGAAGAGAACAGCAAACCAGAGUCCACUCGUUUACGAGAAAAUCCGUCUGAAAUUCUAAAUUUACUCCGAGAUUAUGAUUCAGGAUUAUUGUCUUCACAGAAACAGGAAUUUCAAUCCAAACUUAGGAAAUGUCAUCAAGCUGAGACUCGCCAUGCUGUCGGACUGCAGCCCUCGAAAGAUGCGCCCAGGGUUACCUUUGUUGAACCGUCUUUAAAAAGAUGCACUUCUGGUAACCUCACGCCUAUCAGCACACGGGCGGAAGGUUAUUUCACGCCACAUCCCGGGAAAAAAAAUGCUUCAUCGCAAGGAGAUGAUCAGCUAGCCUGUUUGUUAAAAGAUUACUCUGAGAGGAAACUGCACCCUCCUAGACUAACAUACCGAAGCUCUGAUGAUGGAGACCCAGAAGGAUAUUCAUGUGCACCGGAGAGAGCCAGAAAACCCUGUAAGGGGGCAUAUAGGAAACCGAUGGAGUUGCUCCUCAGUUUGGUGGACGAAUACUGGUCUGGUGAGCUGAAGGAUCACAGCAGUAAGCACUUUUUCAUGCACGCUGUGCGGAUCCUCUGCAUGAUGGAACAGGAGGUUGCUAACGGCGAAAGCGAGAUGACCGCUCUGAGAGAGAAGAUCCAAACACUGAACGACCAGCUGGACGGACGGACGCGAGAACAUCAGUCAGAGAUGCGGAGGCUUUCCGAGCAGCUAAAGCAGGCACACGGCAGCAUCGAGCACCUUGAUCAGGAGUUGAGGAGUGUUUUGGAGGAGAACGUGUCUUUGCAGAAACAGCUGAUCAGAUUAGAGCAGCAGCUCCUCUCUGAUAAGCUAAGGGAAAUGCCAGAGACACAACGUUGAGGGGGAAAUCUCACAUGGGUUUUUGUUGCGGUUUGGCCUGGACUUUCUUCUCGUAUGAACCUGCAUGCUUGUAGCCAGAGACGUAGCCGGAAGUGUCGACCAUAUCAACGCGGCCUGCUUUGCCUUUCCCGCGGCCUGCCUCGUCAAAACGCUCCUUAUGAGAACCUGUGAACUUGGUGGUGUCGGUCAGACGGGAUACAGUUGGGGAUGCCACGGCUCUCUGAGCAGCAGCCAGAGAAAAAUAGAUUUAAUGAUUGCUCAGAUCACAUAAUUAUGACUUUUUGAAAUUUGGUGUUUUGUGUUCUUUCUCUACAUAACUAUCAGUUGAAAUGUUAUUUAUAUGACCAUCCUUUUAAAGCAGUAACCCUUAAUUCCUUUGUUUU